UUUCCAUCAUAAUUUUGAGGAAGAGAAAGAGUCGAAACAUAAUUUCAUCCAAAUUUCACCCUAAAUCUCAACCAAAGUCUCCAUCAUCUUAAAAAUCUGUCGCGGAGCCUUCAAACUCAAGCCGAAACAAUUGUCUACCGCGUCCAAUUGCUUGAUUGCAAACAAUCCAAUUCUGGGUCGCGAAGGUCGAGAGGUCGGGCGACGGUAAACUACAACUUUUGAAUUCUGCGAGCAACCACCGGGCGACGGAAACGACCAUUUCGACGGUGCUGGACACUUUCAAUUAUUGAACUUUUUAGAAUUUCAGGUGUGUAGCGGGGUUUUUCUCAGGGGAACUUGUUGCCGGUGUUCAGUUGAUGCACGACCUUGUACAAUACUCCAACAAACCUUACAUCGGGCUGAGAUUUGAUUUCCCUGAGACUCGUGGCCACCCGACACCGACCUUCGAAAUUCGAAUCUUCGCCAUAAUUAUCGCCCACCUCAAAAGCUCCAGCAAGUCGGCUUUGACACGCGCCGUAAUUUCACUGUCCUCCUCGUGGGAAUAUCUCCCGCCGUGUAUUAGCACAACGUGUGGUGGCCUUCUUGUUAGCGCUACAAGAAACUUAGCCUCUCCGGUGCCGUCGAUUUACUUUGCUCCAGGCACAGAAAGCGUGUUAUUGAAAGAAACCAUGCCGUUUUCUUGGUUUUGUGUGAAACCCAAAAUCAGAAUUGUUCGAGUUAGGGUUUUUGAUUCACAUCACUUGAUGGAAGAAGUUCCUCUCGUCUGGAAAAAAUCUGGAGACGGCGUGCCCUUUGAUCCAGAUAGAUUGAAAGACACCUUGGAACCUGAAGAUUCCGGCGUUGGAGGUUUGCUUGUGCCGGAGAAGGAUAGAGUAGUGUUUAGACCUCAGAGGAAAUCAGUUUUAGGAUUGGACAUUCUUGCUAAUGCAAAACGUUUGGAGGCAAAGGUUGAUGGUUCCUUUAAGGUUCCGAAGGAUAGAGUUUCAUCCAUUGCAGCAUCUCUUGGUGAAGACGAGGAGAAGUCUUCGUUGGGAAUUGAUGAAGUAGACACUGACACAUCGAAAACCCUACGCAACAAUACUAAUAGGAGAUAUCGUGAACUAGCUUCAAAUUCAGGGAGUGUUAUGACUGAAGACAUACCAACUAACGAAGCACUUCCUCAGCAUCAUCCUGACGAUCAUGUUAAGGUCUCAACUUCAUCUAGCGGGAGUUCCAGGAGUAGGAAUUCUUUUUCUGACAACACAUACGAUGACCGAAACCGAAGCAAUAAUGGGAACCAUCACAGAAGCUCAAGCAGAUCAUCAAGACAUAGGUAUGAUUCUGACAGGGAAGGAAGGACCCUGAGAGAGAGAUCCCGUGGUGAAGAAAAAGAGCACAGCGGAGACUAUGGACGAAAGAGAAGUAGAUACGAUAGGUCUAUGAGAUCACCUAGUAGAUCUGAAUGGGACAAUGGACGAUGGGAGUGGGAAGAUACGCCACGUCGUGAAGGCCGAGACCAACGUCAUUGGCCGUCCCCCAAGUUUGUUGGGGCAUCUCCUGAUGCAAGGCUUGUUUCCCCGUGGUUGGGUGGGCGUACUUCUUCUCCGGCUCCUGCAUCUCCUUGGGACAUCUCUGCUCCUUCCCCCACUCCGAUUCGAGCUUCUGGGUCCUCCGUUAGGUCUGUAGGUUCCCGAUAUGGUGGAAAGUCAAAUAAGUUCAACUCCUCUCUGGAUAAGCUGGAGGAUGGAGAAAACGGCGUUGAUAAAUUACCAGAAGACCAAGAUCAUGAUAUAUCAGAAAGUAUGCGGUUAGAGAUGGAGUACAAGGCUGAUCUUGCCUGGUAUGAUCGAGAAGAAGAUGGCAAUGUGUAUGGUGAUGAUGGCUCGUCAUCUUUUCUCGGUAGUGAGGCAUCUUUUCAGAAAAAGGAGGCUGAGCUGGCUAAAAGACUGGUACGUAAAGAUGGAAGCCAGAUGACUCUUGCACAGAGCAAGAAAUUAUCACAGAUGACUGCCGAUAAUGCUCAGUGGGAGGAUAGACAACUGUUGAGAUCGGGAGCUGUUAGAGGAACUGAAGUGCAGACUGAGUUUGAUGAUGAGGAAGAACGGAAAGUUAUUCUUCUUGUACAUGAUACAAAACCUCCUUUUCUCGAUGGGAGGAUUGUUUACACCAAGCAAGCCGAGCCAAUUAUGCCAUUAAAAGACCCUACAUCAGAUAUGGCCAUAAUAGCACGGAAAGGCUCGAAUUUGGUUAGGGAAAUCCAUGAAAAACAGAGCAUGAACAAGUCACGCCAACGUUUUUGGGAGCUCGCUGGUUCAAAGUUAGGUGAAAUUCUUGGGGUCGAGAAAACUGCAGAACAGAUUGAUGCGGAUACUGCUAAAGUGGGUGAAGAAGGUGAAGUUGAUUUCAAAGAGGACGCAAAAUUUGCGCAGCAUUUAAAGAAGGAUGAGGCAGUGAGCGAUUUCGCUAAAUCGAAAACAUUAGCCCAACAGCGGCAGUAUCUGCCCAUUUUCUCUGUACGAGAGGAGUUGCUUCAGGUGAUCCGUGAGAAUCAGGUGGUGGUAGUAGUUGGUGAAACUGGUUCAGGGAAAACAACACAACUAACCCAGUAUCUUCAUGAGGAUGACUACACAAGCAAUGGCAUUGUUGGUUGCACUCAGCCACGUCGUGUAGCUGCCAUGAGCGUUGCCAAAAGAGUCAGUGAGGAGAUGGAAACUGAACUUGGUGAUAAAGUUGGAUAUGCAAUACGUUUCGAGGAUGUCACUGGGCCCAACACUGUCAUUAAGUACAUGACUGAUGGUGUGCUUCUGAGGGAGACUCUCAAAGAUGCUGACCUGGAAAAAUAUCGCGUUGUUGUAAUGGACGAAGCACACGAACGAUCCCUAAGCACAGAUGUCCUAUUUGGCAUCCUUAAGAAAGUCGUCGCCAGGCGCCGUGACUUCAAGCUCAUCGUAACAUCAGCCACCCUUAAUGCCCAGAAAUUCUCUGAUUUCUUUGGGAGUGUACCCAUAUUCCACAUCCCAGGACGAACUUUCCCGGUCCAGAUCCUCUACAGCAAAACACCCUGCGAAGACUACGUAGAAGCUGCCGUUAAACAAGCCCUAACAAUCCACAUCACCAGCCCCCCUGGCGACAUACUCAUCUUCAUGACAGGCCAAGACGAAAUCGAGGCCACGUGCUAUGCCUUAGCCGAGCGCAUGGAGCAACACGCCACCAAAAAAGAAAUCCCGAAGCUUUUAAUCCUCCCCAUCUACUCCCAGCUCCCGGCCGACCUCCAAGCCAAGAUCUUCCAAAAGGCCGAAGACGGGGCUCGAAAGUGCAUCGUGGCCACCAACAUUGCCGAGACUUCCCUCACAGUCGAUGGAAUUUUUUACGUAAUCGACACGGGUUACGGUAAAAUCAAAGUCUAUAACCCGCGCAUGGGCAUGGACGCCCUCCAAGUUUUCCCGGUUAGUCGGGCUGCGGCAGACCAGCGGGCUGGACGAGCGGGCCGAACAGGGCCCGGAACUUGCUACCGCCUCUUCACUGAAUCUGCUUACCUCAACGAGAUGCUCCCGAGCCCUGUCCCUGAGAUCCAGCGCACAAACCUCGGCAAUGUCGUCUUACUUCUCAAGUCCCUCAAGAUUGAAAACCUGCUCGAUUUCGACUUCAUGGAUCCUCCUCCGCAGGAGAAUAUCCUCAACUCGAUGUACCAGCUUUGGGUUCUUGGCGCGUUGAGCAAUGUCGGUGAUUUAACCGACCUCGGCUGGAAAAUGGUCGAGUUCCCGCUCGACCCGCCCCUUGCCAAAAUGCUUCUGAUGGGCGAAAAACUGGGAUGCCUUAACGAGGUUUUGACGAUUGUCUCCAUGCUUUCGGUCCCGUCGGUUUUCUUCCGGCCCAAGGAUCGGGUCGAGGAAAGCGACGCUGCUCGGGAGAAAUUCUUCGUGCCGGAAUCCGAUCACCUGACGCUACUCAACGUGUACCAGCAGUGGAAAGGUAAGCAGUACAGGGGAGAUUGGUGUAACGACCACUUUUUACACGUGAAGGGGUUGAAAAAGGCUCGAGAGGUGAGGUCACAGCUGCUCGACAUACUUAAAACGCUUAAAAUACCGCUGACGUCAUGCGGGCCCGAUUGGGAUGUCGUGCGAAAAGCUAUAUGCUCGGCAUAUUUUCACAACUCUGCUCGGCAGAAAGGUGUUGGGGAGUAUGUUAACUGUAGGAAUGGAAUGCCGUGUCAUUUGCACCCGAGUAGUGCUAUAUAUGGGCUCGGGUACACUCCGGAUUAUGUGGUGUACCACGAGCUGGUGCUGACGAGCAAGGAGUAUAUGCAGUGUGCGACAGCUGUCGAGCCUCAGUGGCUAGCGGAGCUUGGGCCGAUGUUUUUUUCUGUCAAGGACUCGGAUACAUCGAUGCUGGAGCAUAAGAAGAAGCAGAAGCAGGAAAAGACGGCUAUGGAGGAGGAGAUGGAGAGCCUGAGGAAAGUGCAGGAGAUGAGAGAGAAGGAAGGGAAGGAGAGAGAUCGGGCCAAGAGGGAGAAGGAGCAGCAACGGGUGUCGAUGCCUGGGUUGAAGUCCGGGUCAUCGACUUACUUGAGGCCAAAGAAACUCGGUCUGUAGAUUGUCAUUUCCUUUUCUUGUUUCAAAGGAAAAAAUGGAAAGAUGAAUUUGUACAAAUUUUUUUGAUAUAUUAAGAAGCCAUGGAUGCUUUCUUUUUGGAGUUGCUAUGGGUUUUGCAGUUUGAAGCAAAACAGGCUUGUACUAUGUAAUUCUUGUACUGUCUGGAAAUUCAACAUUUGUGUUUCUGUCCAGAACUCAAAAAGUGCACCUCACCUGGAUUAUGAUACAACUACUGUUACUGUUCAGACUAAUUCCUUUCAGAAAUAUGUAUACUCAUUUUUCCAAGGGUGAUUUGAAAAAGGAUCAAAUUUUGUUUAGGGCUCAUUCUUCCCAGGCAGUGUGAGAACAAUAUAGUGUCCUAUUUUUAGAUGGGUUUUCUACGUCAGACAUUAUCCUUCAAACCAAAGCUGAGGCUGUGGUUCAUAUGUACAGGCUUGCAUGGGAAUAGGGCACGACUCUGUUUUCAGGCAGUUGUGUUUCUUUUGAAAAAUGUGAACUCAGAAUAUGAACUCAUCUGAUCUUUGAGAAAAUUGAUUAUUUUUCUGACUGCAA